AUGCCAGUAGGUCGGCCUAGUUACCGCUGGAUAGACAGAGAGGAGGAGAACUUGCUGCAGCUGAAAGCCAGCAAUUGCCGGAAGGGAGCACUGGACAGAGAGCGCUGGAAGAUUCUCAUUUCGGAAGCCAAGACAUGUUUUGGGUCGCAGAUCGAGCUCAAAAAUCGUAUGUCUUCCGAGUGGGGUCAAGGGCAUCCAGCAUUUAAAAAAAAACCAGCCUGA